ACCACGUACGAAUUGAAUUGAUCGAUUGCUUAGUUCUUCAAAUUGAUUAAGUUCAUAUAGAGAAGAGAGAGAGAGAGGGAGGGAGAAAUAUCUAUUUGUUAAGUGAUUGGGAGUUUUGAAUUUGGAGAAAACUAAGAUGGGUUCGUCGACCAAUGGUGGUGUGCCGCCAGGGUUUAGAUUUCAUCCAACGGAUGAAGAGCUGCUUCAUUACUACUUGAAGAAGAAGUUGUCCUUUCAGAAGUUUGACAUGGAUGUUAUUAGAGAGGUCGACUUGAACAAGAUGGAGCCUUGGGACUUGCAAGAAAGAUGUAGAAUUGGAUCUACUCCACAAAACGAGUGGUAUUUCUUCAGUCACAAGGAUAGAAAGUACCCCACAGGUUCAAGGACUAAUAGAGCAACGAAUGCAGGGUUUUGGAAAGCAACAGGAAGAGACAAGUGCAUUAGGAAUAGCUACAAGAAGAUUGGAAUGAGAAAAACCCUUGUGUUUUACAAAGGAAGAGCUCCUCAUGGACAAAAGACUGAUUGGAUCAUGCAUGAGUACCGCCUAGAAGAUGGCAAUGAUCCUCAAGGAAGUGCCAAUGAAGAUGGCUGGGUGGUGUGCAGAGUGUUCAAGAAGAAGAAUUUGUUCAAGAUUGUAAAUGAAGGUGGGUCUACACAUAAUCCAGAUCAACAAAUCAACAAUUCAUCAAACACUAAUGCACGCUCCUAUAGAGAAAAUCAUUACUUACUACAUCAACAGCAAAAUCCGAGGAACUCAUCAGGGCUUGAGCUAGAUAAGCCUGAGCUCGCUCUCCAUUACCCGCACUUGCAAAACCCUCCAUACUCACUCUUCCAAUCCCAGCCUCUUCUUCAGAUCCAAAAGCCUAUGGUUUAUGAUUAUUCAUAUACAUCAGACACCCCUAUCAUGGCAAAGCAACUCAUGACAAACCCUAGAGACUGUGAGAGCGGCAGUGAUGGCCUAAGAUAUCAAGUUUCGGAGUCAGGUAUGGAAGUUGGGUCGUGUGAGCCAAAUCAAGAAAUGGGAACCGGAAGAGGUGAAGGAAUAAACGAAUGGGGUGUUCUUGAUAGGCUAGUGACCUCUCAUCUUGGAAAUGAGGACUCAUCCAAAGGGGUCAGGUUUGAAGAGGCAAAUCCACCGUCUGUCCACCAGAUCAAUCAACUUUCAUUACGGGGAGAGAUGGACUUCUGGGCCUAUGGGAAACAAUGAUUCAUUUCCCUUUCUUAUAGUGAAAUUUAUAAACAAAUUAAGGUUGGAGAUAAUUAGAUGGCUCUAACCAUUUUAAAAAAGACAUAUUUUCAUACUGAUUUAAGAUUGUUUAUGUUUCACUUGAUUAGAAGACUUCAUAAAUUGUAAUAUUUCAAUCCCUUAAUUGUUAAUUUGUCAAGUACCUCCUAGUGUCAACUAAAAAAAUGCAACUAUGUUGGCGUUAAUUGAUUGUAUGAUAAUAAACUGAUGUAUGUUUGUCAAGUACCA